UUUUUUGCUUUCUUACUAAUUUUUUUUUUUACGUCUCCAAUAGUAGUACUUGAAAAAAUAAAAUUUGAACCACCACAUGAUAGGGCGUGGAUCCGCCACUGCUAGGAUUAACUCUUCCACACACUUCCUAGCCCUCUUAAACAACUACAAAUAGUGGUAUUGAGCUCUCAUUUGGGCAAGCAAGCAAGCAAGCAAGAAGUGAGCUUGAGAGUUUGAGUGUGUAGUGUAGGCUUGUGUUAGUGUCCACAAAAAUAAAAGAGUUGUGUGAAAAUGAGAUGUUCUUGUAAGAGCAAGUGAUGUACUCUCUAGUGUUCUAUCAAUAAAAGUUUCCUUUGUGUAGAGAGGUUGUAUUCUACAAAUCCCGUCAACUUCUUCCACUAUCUUUCUAUAAAGGUACAAGUCAGCUUAAGUUCAUACUACGAUGUCAUUUGUAGCUUUUCAGUGACCUUUCUUGGUUUUUCAGACCAGUAUUAAUUCUUAAUAUGAAAGGAUCAAGUAAAGUAAGGGUUCUAUUUGAAAAUUAUAAUCAUGCAUAAUUGAUUUCCAUAUGGUGUAGACCACAUUCUAUAAAAAUCCCAGGUCUAGAUUUGCAAUUAGAUUAGAUGCUCCACUAUUGAUUUACUUUUCAGAGAACCGCAUGUGACACUCAGUUUGUGAAUAAAGCAUGAAUUGUAGAGUACCCUUUAUGUCUAAAGAAUUCCAAAUUAUUUUCUUAGAGAAGCAUCUUCUUCUUUUCAACUAAAGAGUACUGUAAUUUACAUGUGUGAUACAAACCCAAUAUAAUAUAUCUCAAUACACGGUUAGCGAAGGAGUUCUGACCUUGGAUUUCUCAUAUAAAUUGGGAGGAUGAUUGUCGUAGUGAUGCAAAGUAGUUUGUUUCUGAGUUCUGGUUAUGGCUAAGGUUUAUCCUCGAGCACACCAGCUGUCUUCUCCUUCUUCCUUCUCUCCAGAGAUACAAACUCUUACAAUGUGGAUGAAAUCGCUCGUGUUCAAUGGAAAUGGAUGCGCCAUUUUUGAUUCUGAUGGCCGGAUAGCCUAUCGCGUUGAUAACUAUGCUUCGCAGUGCAGCGAUGAGGUGUAUCUAAUGGAUCAUGACGGCAGGACUCUCAGUAAAAUACUUAGAAAGAAACUGAGAGUUCGUAGUCAAUGGGAAGGAUAUCGAUGUGAUGGAUCAAUCGGAGAAGGGCAAGAACUCUGCUGGUUUAGAGCUCGAAAGGCCGGCAGGAUAUUGAGAGGAGAAAAGAAUUUUGAAGCCAAAGUUACAGUUGGGAGUGGAAGUAGCUAUAAGAUUCUGGGUUCAGCGUGUAAGGGCGAGUACAAGAUUUUGGACGUUGGAGGAGAGGCAGUAGCAGAGGUGAAGAGGAAGCAUACAAGCUGUGGAGUUGCACUUGGAGAGGAUGUGUUAACACUGAUGAUUGAGCCUAAUCAUGAUCAGUUACUGAUUAUGUCACUCGCGAUUGUUUGUGGACUCAUCAACCACAGCAUGUGAUGUGAUUCCCAGAAAUAAUACCCAGUUCUUUGUUGUGCUCCUGCUGCUGUUGCUGCUGUGCUGUUUUUUCAUUGUGUGAACUGUUUGAUUUUUUAAUAAUUUUUUUUGAGUUAACCAAUAGCACGAGGCAUUGGGAUCAAACUCGCUACUCUUCUCAUUCAGUUUUUGAGAUGGAAACAUCUUUCUUUGUUUGAAACAAGUCAGAAGAGUUUUUUUAUUUUUAUUUUUAUUUUUUAUGUGCAUUAAGUUUCAUAAAUUCAUCAUGUACUGUCUUGAGGAUUUGGCUAUAUACAAGUAUUUGAGCAAAAAAUUGUGGAUUAUACAACCUCUACCUAUUGCUUC